AUGGGGCAUUACAUUCAAAUAAAUAAAAGAAUGCAAAAUUUAAAAAAGAAAAAAAAAUUAAAUAAAACCUUUACUUAUUAGUGAGACUAAAUUUUGCUAAAAAAAUUAAAAUUCAAGAAUAAAUUUGAUAAAAAAAAAGAUAAAAUUCUUUAACUAAUUUGUCAAAAAAAAAAUAAAUAAAUAAAAAAGGUUUGUACAUCAAUUUGUCAAAAUGUAUAUAAUUUAAAAACUUGCAGUCACGAUCGAUUCUGAGCAUAGAGGGACUAGACCUAUACUUAGGAUCCACCUAAAUAGCCUAAAAUUAAAUUAUUCAUUUUAAAAAUAUACGUUUUGUUUUAUUAAUUUUGGAAAUACUAUAUUUUUUUUUUUAAAUAAGAAUUCAAAAUAUAUAUUUUUUUCUAUGAUUCAUCGAAUUUUAGGACCGGCCUUCCUUACAAAAUGUAUAAAUUAAAUAAUUUUAUAAAUAAUAUUGUAUUUGUGAUUUAUAUUUUUACAUAAAAGAGAACCUAAAGCACACUAUAUAGACUAACAACUAUCUCUAUUUAAAUAUGUAUUACUAGUUUUAUAUUUGAGAAGCAUUUUGAGAACACUUAACACAAGAAGACUUUUUUCUUUGUGUCUUGAGACAAUGAUUUUUGUUUUCUUGGUUGGAUUGCCAUUUCUUUUGAUGUGUAUUUUAAUACAAUUUUGUUCUUCUUUCCUUCUAUGAGAUUCCCUUUUCACCAAAAUAAAAAAAAAAAACCCCAAUCAAUCAAUCUAUUUUUCUUCUAAUGUUUGUACAUAUUUACGAAACUAAUAAGACAUUAUUAUUAUUAUUAUUAUUAUUGCCCAUAUUUAAUAUUUCACACCAACCCAAUCAAAAUCUAGAAUGUAUUGUUAAAAUAAUAAUAAUAAUCAUAUAGUUUGGUCUAACUAAUAUCAACACAUUUUGAUAUAAAAGAUACCAUUGUUUGAGUUUGUGAUAGUUCACCUUACUGUCUUUUCUUAUAUUGUGCUAAAAACAUGCCCAAAUAAUCAUUUUUGGACCUUAAAUAUUGUCUUCUCUUGUAUUAUAUUAUUAUUUAUAUAAAAAUGUAACAAUAUAAAAAAAAAUGAGCAAAAAUUGUUGAGAGAGUCCUUUAUUGCAGGUAUGAGAAAUUGACUCCUUAACUAAUUAGUAGUAGUUGAAGCAAAGUCUCUUCUCACCAUAUUAUAAUUUCAUUUAAAAAAAAUAAUUAAAAAAAAAAAAAAAAAAACACCAAAUGGAGCUCUACAAAUGGUGUGACUUCAAUUAUAUUUUACUCAAAUAUUAUUUUUACUCUCUUAAUCUUUCUAACUACUAUAAUAGUGCCAAACCCAAAACCAGCCUAGAAAAUAUUCUAAUCAUCAUUAUUAUUAAUUAACCACUUUUAUUAAACUAAUUAAACACAAUACAAAGAAAGAGCCAAAUAGUCUCAUAUAUAUAAUGUUCAUCUACACAAACACAUAGUGUACAACAUUGUAUACCUUUAAACUCAUUAGAAUUCAGACACAAAAUUGAGAAUUUUGAUCUGGGUAUCGGCUAAAAUGGUCGAAGGAUCGGUUAGUUUCCCGCAAAGGAUCAUAAAGGCAGCUCCUUCGAAAGCUCUUGUGCUAAGAAUCAACUUGUUGUUCCUUGCUUUCUUCAUUAUCAUCUAUGCAGUUCUUCUUCUAAGGCCUUCUUUAUCAACCUAUCAUGAAAAUGCAGCUUAUCUUGUUAGAUGCUCAUUUAGUGAAUGCCAUCCCAAGGGUGAAAAUGGGGUGAAGGUGAUCAAGGCUGUGAUAGAGGAGCCAAAUUAUAACUCAUCUAAGGGAAAUAAUAGUACUAGUAACAAAUUAGAAGUGUUACCAAACUUCUUAAAAGAAAUAGGGAAAGGAAAAAAGAAGAAGAUAGGUAUGGUGAACAUGGAUGAAGAAGAUGUCAAUGAGUGGAACACAAGACACAAAAACAUUGGAGAAGCUAUACCUAUUCAUUUCGAUCAUGUCACCGAUUUUUUCAAGUGGGAAGAUUUGUUCCCGGAGUGGGUGGAUGAAGAGGAAGAGAGCGAGGUACCAUCUUGUCCCGAGAUACCUAUGCCUGAUUUCGACAAGUACAAGAAAAUGGAUGUGAUAUUGGCUAAGUUGCCAUGUAUGGAGGAACAAGCCGGGGCGGGGAGGAAUGUGUUUAGGCUCCAAGUUCAUCUAGUUGUGGCCAAUUUGGCUGUAAAGAAAUGGAAAAGGAAAGAAUGGAAUAGGGGAAAAAGUACUAAAGUGGUGUUUUGGAGUAAAUGUAGGCCAAUGUUGGAAUUGUUUAGGUGUAAUGAUUUGGUUAAGAGAGAAGGAAAUUGGUGGUUUUAUGAGCCUGAUAUGACCAAAUUGGAUCAAAAAGUUUCAUUGCCUAUUGGCUCUUGCAAAUUGGCUAUGCCUAUAUGGGGACAAGGAAUUGAUGACGUGUACGAUCCGAUGAAAACCCAAAAAACAACAAAGAAAAAAGCAAAGAGAGAAGCCUACGCCACAGUCCUCCACUCCUCAGAAUCCUACGUCUGCGGCGCCAUAACACUCGCCCAAAGCCUCCGUGCGAGUGGCACCACGCGCGACCUACUCAUCCUCAUCGACAACUCAAUCUCCCAACCCAAACGCGCCGCACUCGCCAGAUCUGGUUGGAAGAUUAGAACCAUAACCCGAAUCCGAAACCCGAGAGCCGAAAACGGAUCCUACAAUGAAUACAACUACAGCAAGUUCCGUCUAUGGCAGCUCACCGAUUACGACAAGCUCAUCUUCAUCGACGCCGACAUAAUCGUACUUCGAAACCUCGAUGUACUCUUCCAAUUCCCUCAGAUGACAGCCGUCGGAAAUGAUUUCUCUCUCUUCAACUCAGGGAUAAUGGUUCUAGAACCUUCGAACUGCACAUUCCAGGUCUUCAUGGAAAGUCGAAACGACAUCAUUUCCUACAACGGAGGAGAUCAAGGGUUUCUAAACGAGUUAUUCGUGUGGUGGCAUCGAUUGCCUAGACGAGUCAAUUUCUUAAAGAAUUUUUGGUCAAAUUCUUCAGAGAACGAGAUCAGUUUCAAGAACGAGUUGUUUAAAGCAGAUCCGCCUAAGGUUUAUGCAAUCCAUUACUUAGGGUGGAAACCGUGGCUUUGUUAUAGGGAUUAUGAUUGUAAUUGGGACGUGGAAGAGAGCUUUGUUUACGCAAGCGAUGUAGCACAUCAGAGAUGGUGGAAGGUUCAUGACGCCAUGGAUGAGAAGUUGCAGAGGUUUUGUAGGUUGACGAAGAGGAGGAGAACAGAGUUGGAGUGGGAGAGAAGAGUUGCGAGGAAGAAAGGAUUGGUUAAUGGGCAUUGGAGGAUCAAUAUUACAGAUCCAAGAAGGUCUCAUUUGGUUCUUUAGACUACUUCUUUUUCUUCUUUUCUUGAUUUUUAAUGUUUUGGUUAUAAUAUGAAAAUUCAUUUUUAGAUAAUUUAUGUGUGAAUAGAAAAAAUGAAACUGAAUUUAUAAAAUUCGAGGUAUAAUAAUAAUAAGUCAUAGCUUCAUCAA